AUGUCCGCCGGGAACACCCCAAAGGAUGUGUAUCGCACGCUGAAUCUGGUGGUGCAAUGUCUGUGCAUUCCGAUCGUAUCGGCGGCUGUCGCCCUACGAUUUUACACUCGUUUUCGAUUUAAGCAGCGCCUCGGAGUUGAGGACUAUGCAUGCACUGUAGCUUGGGGCCUCUUCAUGGGAUAUUGCGGAAUCGGCAUUCUCAUUGGCCGCCAUGGAGGAGGUUACCACAUCAAUGAUGUCCUGGCUCUUGACGACGGAGCGGCGGAGAUCAUUCAAUUCAAGAAGUUCUGCUACAUCGCCACCAUUCUUUACUGCCCAAUGGCACUUUUCGUCAAAAUCGCCCUACUCUCGAUCCUUACUCGCAUCUUCGCUCCCUACCGAAGCAAGGUCUACUUCAUCUACGGCCUUCUCGGCGCCUUGUGCGUCUACUACGCCAUCGCCCUGAUCAUCAAAAUCCGCAUGUGUUACCCCAUUCCUUAUUACUGGCUGGGAUCUGAACUUGAGGGUGGUGGAACUUGUCUCGACCAGACGGCCGCCCUGAUCGCCGACUCUGUUAUCAGUGUCGUUAGCGAUAUCAUUAUUCUCGUCCUACCCUUACCCUUGACCUGGUCGCUCCAAAUGUCCAAGAACAAGAAGCUACGUGUUAUGGGUCUGCUUGGAGCUGGUGGCUUCGCUGUCGGCUUUAGUCUGUAUCGACUCGUGCUGGUGCUUCAAGAUGGUACAUCACCCGAUCAAACCAUCGUUUUCAUGUGUGUCAUUAUGUCUGGAAAUGCCGAGGGUGGUGUCGGUCUGAUCUGCGCUUGUCUCCCCGUUCUUAACGUCCUGCUCGCUCAUUAUCGGAAGGAAUACUCGUCCCAGAAAUACUACAACCAGAGCUCUGAGAUUCAACUCGGAGACCGCAGGACAGGAACCACAUCUAAGACCGCGUCGCAAUGGGACAAAGCAACGGCUUUCGGUGAUCAAAGUCAUCUUAUCUCCUUUGCCGGGGCCCCUGAGGCAGCGGACUCCCUGUAUAAUGAGAAUGGUAUCCGCAAGACAGUUGCGGUAGAACAAACUGUCGAGAGCCGGGAUAGUGAUAGUCGCUGA